AUGGCGAAACGAAAGUUUGACGAAGUGGAAUAUGGGGAUGAUGGUAUUUCGGAUGACUUAUUAAACGAAAUUGGAGAAGUCUUUGAAAAUCAAUAUGGCAACGAUGUGACAGACUCGCAAAUGGUUCAAUUUGGUUGUGAAUUGGAUCAACAACAAUUAGAUGCCCUCGACAUUGGUUUGGAUGAACACCCUGAGCAAAUUGGUGGUGGUAUGCCCUUGUUUGAAUUUGAUUUUCAAAAAUUUGGUCUCCCCAAGCGGUGGAAGAAAUCAGCGGCGAAUCAACAAAGAUAUCGCGCCACAUUAAAACAGAGGCGUAACCCAACAAAGAACGAUAAUGUGGGAAAAGAAGUCACGGAGGCUUUAGUCAGGUAAGAUGAUCAUGAUUUAGUUUCUGUCGUUAAGUAAUUGCUACGAGCACUAUGAAACAGACAUAGAUAAAAAUCAUCAUGUGUCUUCGAUAUACGGAGAAGCUGACCUAGCAAUAUCAAAACUUGUCUUAGAAAUCAAAAAUGAAAGAGAAAAAACUGCUAGAUCCCUAAGGACCUUUUUUUUUUUCUUAGAUCGAUGAAAGAAACACUCCAUUGCAAAAAAGUUACCGACCAGUGGCAAAACAAAACAUUGAAAGAUACAGAUGAAGUGUUUUUAAACUUUAAAGCCGAGAAAUUUGACCACCACGUACAAACACAACGCUUUACUGUCGGUGAAAUCAUGAAUGGAAAUGGCGAAGAGCGAUUUGGUGCAUAUAUGAACCAACUGGCCAAUCAACUUAACUCGAAUGAAUCUUUUAGCCCUGAGGAUAAGUUCGCCGUCGACCUCACCAUCGUGCCAAAACCAAAGGAAGGUGGUAAAUCCAAAUUAACAAAGGGAAGACAUAAUAUUGAAGAUGUUCUCCACAACAAACAAUGUGUAUUACCGAUUAAAAAUUCAGAAGACAACCUUUGCCUUGCAAGAGCCAUUUGUCUAACAAAAGCCCACUUGCAUAAAGACGAUGGUGUAGAGGGAAAGCGUUACUAUAAGAAUCUUGGAAAUAAUCCGAAUGUGCUCACCCGAUGCGCCAAAUUCCUUCACAAGCAAGCUGGUGUGCCCGAAGGCCCUUGUGGGCGUGCCGAAUUAGAAAAGUUUCAACAGUACCUGGCGCCCGACUACCAGUUGAAAGUGAUGACCACAUGCUAUCCAUAUUGCAUUACGUUUCAAGGAAACGUGGAAUCGCCAAAGUACAUCAUCCGCCUCCUGUAUCAACCAGAGUACGAAAGCGAUAUGGGUCAUUACCAUGGAUGUACGUCUUACCUCGGAUUCCUGGAAAGAUCGUAUUUUUUGUGACACGUGCAACAAAGGCUUUGACCAUGACGACUUCCGCAACCACCCAUGCGAGGGCCGUCGCUGUAAAGCAUGCAAGCAGACCGAAUGUGGUACAAAACCUCACGAACCCACUCUCCACUGCUCAGCCUGCAACCGCCAUAUUUUACAGUCAGAACUGCCUCGCCUUACACCGCGCAAAAAACAUCUGCAUGACCCUAGUACGAUGCGGUAACUGUUGCAAACAAUUUCAGCCAGACCCCCAACAGCUACACCGUUGUUACUUUGGAAAAUGCUCUAACUGUAAGGAGUACGUGGACCUUAGAGAACACAAAUGCUACAUUCAACCCAUCCCUGAACAAGAAGAUUCACCCAAACGGAAAACGAAAGCCAAAAUCAAGAGGCAUUUAAAAAUAAACCCCGAGGCAUCCGUGUACGAAGAACCAUCCAUCUUCGUCUACGCGGACUAUGAAGCCAUGAUCAGCGAAGACGGAACACACCUACCCAUUUGCGUCUGCGCUCAAACUUCCGAAAACAACACCUCCUACACGUUUUAUGGUGACGAUUGCAGUAAACAGUUUCUGGAAUUCUUGACGAACCUUACCGAAGAUCAGUACAAAGAACCGCGUGAAGUCAUCUGCAUAUUCCAUAAUUUAAAAGGGUAUGAUUCCAUUUUCAUACAGCAUCAGCUUGUGAUAGAAGGAAGAAAAUUCGAUGUGAUGAUUCCUAACGGCACAAAGAUGAUUUCUCUGGAAGCUGGUAAAAUCACAUUUAAAGAUUCCAUGGCUUUUCUUCCCAUGGCUCUGUCCGCAUUUACCGACACCUUUGGUCUCACCGAGUUGAAAAAAGGCUUCUUCCCACACAAGUUUCAUACGCAAGAAAAUCGAAGUUAUGUGGGUCCGUUACCUGAAGUUUCUUACUAUGAUCCGGAGGGAAUGUCAAGUAAGAAAAAAGAAGAAUUUGAAGUGUGGUAUAGAGAAGAAGCAGCCAAACAACACCCAUUUGAUCUCAAAGAAGAACUGCUUGCAUACUGUCACUCAGAUGUUGCGUUACUGAAAGCUGGAUGUCACAAAUUCAUCCAAGAAUUUAAAAGCAUCGCCGGUUUCAAUCCUAUGGAAAAAUGCGUUACGAUCGCCGCAGCGUGUAACCGUUAUUGGAGGAGGAAACAUUUACCCUUAGAUCUCAUAGCAGUAGAACCUUCAUCGGGGUGGCGAGGUGCCCGUAUGAAUCACUCCAAAGCAUCGUUGGAAUGGUUGAUGUGGCAAGAAUACAAUACCAGAAGUCGAAUUCAGCACGCACGUAACGGAGGAGAGUAUCGUAUCACUGUUGGCCCUACCUCGUACUUCGUGGAUGGUUAUGAUGCACAGACCCGCACAGUCUACGAAUUUCACGGGUGCCUCUAUCAUGGUUGUCGUACCUGUUACACCAAUCGCAAACAAAUUCCGUUCUGUUCCAAUGGGUUGACCGUAGAAGCCUUACGCCAACAGACCAGUCAGAAAAUCCAAAAACUCCGCGGUAAAGGGUAUCGAGUGGUGGAAAUCUGGGGGUGCGAAUGGGAGAAAGAGAAGAAAGAAACACCAGUCAUUACCGAAUUUCUAAAAGAUUUGGAUAUCGUCCCUCCUUUGAACCCAAGAGAAGGUUUUUACGGUGGUAGAACGGGCGCCGCCUGCCUGUACCAUAAAGUAAAUGAAGAAGAAAGAGAAGAAAUCCGCUACAUCGACGUAACCUCUGAGUACCCCUACGUAAACAAGUAUGGUAAUGUACCCUGUAGGCCACCCGGACAUCUAUUUGGAACCAGAGAAUCAAGACCCUAGAAGUUACUUUGGCUUGAUGACUGUGGACAUCACCCCACCCGCUGACCUGUAUAACCCAGUCUUACCAUACCGUCAUAAAAUUGGAAACUCCUACAAGCUGACCUUCCCGUUAUGCCGUAAGUGUGUAGAAAUAGAGACACAGAAAGAACAUAUGCUGGAACGCGACUAUCACUGCCCACACAGUGAUGAAGAACGAAUGUUACGAGGCACCUGGUGUACCCCAGAGAUACAUAAAGCAAUCGAAAAAGGAUACCGACUCGUCCGAAUUCAUGAA